GUCACAAUGUCUCCCCUCCCACACUGCAUUGCACUGAGUCCAGGCCAAUCCGGUGGCCUCCCGACUCUCACACAGCAGCAGCAGCAGCAGUUGCCCCGCGCCGACCGGACGUCGACCCUCUCUCCUGCACGUCGGGGUCGCAUCCCGGUUGUGUAUUCCGGAGUGGGUCCCUCCAUCUUUUUGUGUGACCCUUUCUUUCUCUCACACGUCGUGUCCUCAUUUGAACCUUUUCUCCCUCUUUUUUUUUUUUCUCUCCUUGGACUUUCCACUCCACACAAAAGGCCCCACCACUCACGACGAUGAUACCUCUCCCCAGCGACGGAGGUCAUGUCGUGAGCUGCUGCCAUCAGAGCCAACCCCCUGUGUCCUGAGCCGGGGACUACCCCCGAUGGUACAACCUCGGCGGGGAGUAGCAAGGAGUAGAAUACAUACGCAUCUCUCAUGACGAUGAGACUCAGGCUCGCUCUCACGGGCCUCGGCCUGCUUGUCGGCCACGUCGCCGGCCACCACGACCGGCAGCAACAGCAACAACAAUGGCAGGACUUCGGGGCCAUGCCGGCCGUGAUGAAGCAGUCCUUCUACGACGCCGUGGCGGCCCGCCCGGCCUCCCUGGCCAAGAGGGACGGCGACUGCGGUGAUGGCCGGCACCCAUGCUCCGACCUCAACUCGACCCUCUGCUGCCCAAACACGGACUACUGCAUAAUAAACUCGACCCUGCAGGUCCAGUGCUGCGCCCUGGGCUCAAACUGCGGCGUCACCUGCGGCACGGCGUCGUACUUCGCCGAGGUGACCAUCACAGAGGCCAUCACCGCCAGCAGCUCCACAACAACGACGACAGGCACGGCCGCCGCAUGCGUGGGGAGGCCCUGCGCGGGCGCAAACUACCUCUGCCCGCAGUCCAUGGGCGGCAACUGCUGCGCCUACGGGCAGGCCUGCGCCAGCAACAAACAAUGCCUCGACUUCGGCGGCGGCGGCGCCACGACCUCCACGGCCGGCGGCCCCCUGCCCGGCCCCACCCUCGCCACCAUGAUCCCCUCGGGCUGCUCCCGCCAGGGCGACUCGACCUGCUCCGUCGGCGGGCCGGGCGCGGCCACCACCUCCACGGGCUGCUGCGGCGCGGGCUACACGUGCGCCGUGGACUCUGGAUCCCGCGCCGUGUGCGCCCCCGCGACGUCCGCAUCCUCCACCGCGGCGCCCGCGCCGACCGGCUCCGACAUCUCCGUCGUGUCGUCCCCACGGGGCCUGUCCGCGGGCGCAAAGGCCGGCAUCGCCGUCGGCGUCGUCCUGGCCGCGGCGCUGGCCAUCGGCGGCGCGACGUGGUUCUGCCUGCGCCGGCGGCGGCGGCAUGGGGCACGCAGCACGGCGACCACCUCGGCCAACGAGAUGGGCAGCGGCGUCGGCGGUGGGGGUGGACGGCCCGGCCGCCACCGCCUCGCGGCCGCGGGCCGCUACGAGAGCGACGACGGCGGGAUCCGCGCGUACGGGCCGAGCUCGGGCCCGCACAUGUCCGAGGCCGACGGGGCGUCGUCGUCCGCCGGCUACGGAGGCGGAGGGGCAGGGGGAGGAGGGGCAGGCCCGCUGCCGGGCCUGGGGCGCGACUACUUCGGCCCUGCUGCCGCCGCCUCGGGGCCGUAUUCCACGCCCCCGGGGCACGCGGACUACCAACAACAUCCGAAUUACUUCUUUGGCGCAGGGGGAGGGGCCAACGACGGCGGCGACCACAACGCGAGGCGCGUGCGUGGCGGCGGCGGCGGCGCCCCCCAUGGCCCGGGCGAUAUCACCUCCGCGGUGGAGAUGGGCGGGGGCGUAGGGGGCGGGGGCGGCGAGGACAGCCUCGUGGCGAGGGAGAAGGGGGGCUCGGAGGAUGGCGGCGGCGGGUCGCUCUCGGCGAGGAGGCAGGGGGCGGGGUCGCCCGCGGUCCGGGACAGCAUCGCUGGGCGGUUCGAGCUGUACGGGACCGACGUGCCGGCGGGGGUAGGGGCGGGGACGGACUACGCGCGGGCGCCGCGGCCGCUGGGGACGCCCGGGAGCGAGCUGAGCGCGAGCGAGCUGGGGACGCCGAGCCCCAUGAGCCAUGAGGAGCAGGCGGCGCAGGCGCAGCAGCAGGCGCAGGGCGGCAAGAAGGGGCCGGCUGGGUGA